AUGCCUUCUUCCAACCAGAUCCUCUCCGUCCUCGCGGCCAUCGCUGUCGCCACAACCAACGCCGCUAUGGGCCUUGCUUUCAGCACUGGCCCCUCUGACGAGUGGAGCAUCUUUGCUUACACUCUCACCAAGACUGGAGAUAAAUCUCAGCUGCCUGUCCAAGAUGAGCACCAGGCUCCUGCCAAGACGGGUGAUCGUGUCACCAUGCACUACAAGUAUGAUGCUUCCACUCAGGAGUACGUUCAAUACGUCUCCAUCAACGGAAAGCAGGUCUCUACCCUCUCAACCUCCAAGGGCCACGAAGCCAUGGGAUUCGGCAGCUCUGUUGAGUGCGGCGCCUCAGACUGCGGAACUAUUGCUGCUCACCGUAAGUCGUGCAUAUGGGUUGACACUAAGAUCAUCCUUAAUACUGCCGACCCCAACUACAUUCAGACCUUCGGAAAGGGCGAGGGUGUUACUGGUGGAGAGAUGACAACUAGUGAUGGUGGCCAGACCUGGGUUAUCAGCAAUGUCAAUAUCCCAUCCUUCACAUUCUGA